AUGGCCAACAAAGCCAAGGCGGUGAAGAAACUUCCGAAGACGCAGUCGAGGCUGGACGGCUCUGCCCGGCUGAAGGCCACGGCCAAAGCGGUCGGGAGCAAACUGGAGUUCGAGACCAGGGCGUUAGCCUGUCAUGGCAAGACAGUGGCCGAAGCCAUUCGCAAAACGGAUGGGCCGCGCUAUCGCCUGGCGGAUUUGCGCUAUGACAUGAAGGCUGGUCGCGUGGCGCUGCUGAAGAAGGGUGAGUCGCUGGGACCAAAGCCGAAGCCCAAAGCAGAUCGCCCGGUAGCGCCCAAGUCCGGUCAGCCCAUGCCCAAGGCCACUCUGGAUGAGUUCUUCCAAUUCCUGUCCUGUCAGUUGCAGAUCCAAUCCCGAGAACAUUGUGAUGAGCUGCCCGUGAAAGACAAGGCAGCUGCGGCGUUAUUUCCACAGGUGGAUAUGCACGUCAAACCCAAUCUUGGCAAUACGGAAAGAUGGGUGCCGUACCACACGGUGCUGGGCGUUCACGAGCUCUUCCUGAUGGAAGCGGUGCACAGCCGGAAGGACUGGACGGAGAAGCAGAAGUUCUUUGCAAUCUUUGUCUUCCGAGCGCACUGCAAGCGCGACCUCUUCACGCAGGCUCAACUUCCACUGAUGCUCUCCAAGACGUUUUGGAAAGACCCACGCAAGGCUUUCGAGGCCGAGGGGCCGAUGGAGUUAGCCAUCAGAGCCUACAGGGCCAAGACCAAGAAACCUCUGCUCACCAACUGCUUCCGUAUCAUCCCUGAACGCAUCCUGAAAGACGACGACCAAAAUCUGGUGCGGAGCAUCGUGAACAGGUCCGCGAGACUUAUGGGCCUGGCCGAGAAGUCCUUUGAGGUGGUGAAGAACAAGAAGUUGUCGCCUAAACAGAAGUUGUCGCAGAUUUCGGAGAUGAUCCAGAACACCGAGGGCUGCGGCAACACCUGGGCCAAGAUGUUGACGGUGUGCAUUGACCUGGCGUACCCGCAGGAGAAGAUCCUGGACGCCGAUUGCGAUGUGGGGGUGGGCGCGGCACCGCCGCUGCAGUGUUUGUUGGAGAAGAGCUCCGCGCCGGAUCGCGCAGCGCUGCGAGAGCUCCUCAAGAAGGUGAACACCUCCCAUAGCGCUUCGGCGAAACAUUUUUGGACCUAUUUGGCAGAGGUGGAGGCGGCCAUGGGCAAAAAGUUUAAGCAUCUGCCGCUGGUGGUGAAGCAGGCGCAGACCAAGGUCCACGCCAUGAGCGCCGCCACGUUACAAGUGCAGCUCUGUGAGUAUCGCCAGUUUCGCCACAGCUGGGCGCGCAACGUCUAUGGCCUCCCCGACGAUGAGACCAUGCGUAUGGAGGACGCCGGCGGCAAAGCGCGCCCGGAGGACCUGCUCUUGCGGAACAAGACGCAGGUCCUGGGCGAGUUGGAGCACGAGGGAAAGCAGGUGAAGCUGUCGGUGACCAUCAAGGAUUUUGGCUCGGCCAAAGUGGCCGAACGUGUGGCGAUGUUGAUGCUACAGAAGUUGAGAUCAGGGACAAAAGAAAAGGAUCUGGUGAAGUUUCGCGACGACUUGGCCCGUGACUAUCAGCAGGGUGUCGACGUGAAGGAGGACAGCGAGGCCUGGAAAGUGUGCAAAGCGCAGAUGUCGCACAGCAAUCCCUUGGUGUCCUUCGAGUUCAAACGGAAGGAUGGAAGCAAGUUUCCCUUUCAAACCACCGUGAAGGCCGCGGGUCAUAUUUUGGUGGCCGAACGCAUUGCGCGGCUGUGCUGGGAAAAGCUCAAUGCGGGGAAGAGCAAAGAUGAAGUGUUGAAGUUUCGUGAUGGGUUGUAUGCAUCGCAAUCUAGUACCGCCAAGAAGCGCAAACGCGAGUGA